UAAAAAUAGCUAUAUAUUGACGGUACCAAUUAUUUUCUUCUUAGUUCCUGUUAUCUUACUGAAAAGAUAACAAUGAAAGUCUUAUCACUGAUUUCGGUGACGUGUUUGAUAGUGGAGGCCUUUGGAGCUUCCCUACCGAAGGCUGAAAUCAACAACCGAAAAUUUCCAGAAUCAUUUAAAUGGGGAGCUGCCACUGCUGCAUACCAAAUUGAGGGUGGAUGGAACGAAGAUGGCAAAGGAGAGAGUAUGUGGGAUCACUUUACUCAUACAAAUCCUAGUGUGACAGAUGAUAAACUUAACGGUGAUGUAGCUUGUGAUUCUUAUCACAGGUGGAGGGAAGACAUUCAGUUGCUUAAGCAACUAGGAGUUUCAGUAUACAGGUUUUCUGUUGCUUGGACUAGAAUCCUUCCUACUGGCUACUUGGACAGCUACAAUCAGGCUGGUGUUGACUUCUAUGUCACCUUCGUAAAGGAAUUGCUGGCUAACGGUAUCACCCCCACGGCAACCCUGUACCAUUGGGAUUUGCCUCAAGUACUCAAUGAACAAGGUGGGUGGUUGAACGACAGUACUGCCGACCGGUUUGGCGAAUACGCCAGAAUUGUAUUCAAGAAUUUAGGACCAUAUGUCAAAUUAUGGUCCACCGUCAAUGAACCCAAAAGUACUUGUAUGCUUGGAUACGGAGAUGGAGCCAAUGCCCCAGGUAUAAAACAGAUCGGUACCGCUGUCUACCAAUGCGCUAGAGUUCAACUUCUAGCCCAUGCCACAGCUUACCAUAUCUACCACAAUGAAUUUGCUGCCGAACAAGAAGGUAAAAUCAGUCUGGUUAUAGAUUCUACGUAUAAUGAGCCAGCUACUGACAGUGAAGCCGACGUUGAAGCCACUGAUUGGGAGACACAAUUCAACCUUGGUUGGUACGCUCACCCAGUCUACGUCGGCAACUGGCCCCAAAUUAUGAUUGACAGAAUUGGUAACAGAAGUGCUCUGGAAGGUUUGCCAAAGUCCAGAUUGCCUGCCUGGUCUGCGGAAGAACUUGAAUUUGUUAAGGGAACUCAUGAUUACUUUGGACUCAAUAUGUACACAGCUCUACGCGUAUCAGCUAUCGAUGAGCCAGAAAUUGGCGACUCUAGCUACUAUAGCGAUAAAGGUACAGCCACUUCAUUUGGAGCAGAUUGGACUCCUUCAAUUGCUUCAUGGUUAGUGGUUUAUCCAUUUGCGAUGAGGGGACUUUUGAACUAUGUAUGGAACAAUUACAACCCUGGAGAAAUUUGGGUCACUGAAAAUGGUGUGGCUACUAAUGCUACAAUCAAUGACCAAUUCAGAGUUGACUAUUUACAGGGAUAUUUAAGUAACAUGUUGGACGCUAUAUUAGAUGACGGAGUCAAUGUAGCAGGUUACACCACUUGGAGUCUUUUGGACAACUUUGAAUGGGCUCGUGGUUACACACAAAAAUUCGGUAUCAUCAGCGUUGAUUUUACCAGUGAAAAUCUUACCAGGACUUUUAAGGAUUCUGCCAAAUGGUACCAACGCACCGUUAACACAUACUGUCUUGUAGAGGAAUGUGUAGAGUAAUAUUUUUAGUCCGUAAUUAAAAAAAUUAUAAACUGAG